GUCUAUCACUUUAUGAUGGACACUUUAGAGUGUCCAGUGCUGUAAAAUGACUAAACUGUGGAGGAUUCAGAGCUGUAGGCAAACUGUACUGUGGACGGCACAAUGAUAUAGAAUUACUGUACCAUUGUACGUAAAGUGUUGUACAAUGACUUUUGUGUGCAGGGUUCCUUGUUAUAGAAUUAUAAUACCGUUGAAUGUCUGGUGUUACUGAGUGAGUCUAGCGUGUACAAUCCAGUGUUAUGAGUGUUCAGUGUUGUUGAGUGACUACCAUGUGGGAUUGAGGGUUACAGAGUGAACCAAGCAAGAUGCAGUGCUGUAGAAUAAGUAGCGUAGAUUGCCCAGUGCCACUAGACAAUGACUUUAUUGUGGUGGGCACAGUGCUGUAGAAUUACUGCACUGCAGAGUGUCCAGUGCUGUGGAAUUAUUAUACCAUCAAAGGUCUAUCUCUAUGGACUUAUAUUGUUGGCUGCCCUCAUUAUAGGUUUAUUGAGCUCUUGAAUUGCCAUGAUGCACCCAUCACAUGUUCUGAAGAAGGUAAGACUAGGAUCCUCUCAGGUUGCAGAAUGUGUGCUACCAGCUGGGUGGUACACAUCUCUGAGAGCAUGCUCCUCAAAGGCCCCCUGUAUCCAGUAUAUAUAAGACUUCUAGUAUUCUGGGUGUCUUACUUAGAGUUUUACCUCUGUGAACAGACACCAUGACCAAGACAACUCUUAUAAGGACAACAUUCAAUUGGGGCUGCCUUACAGGUUCAAAGGUUCAGUCCAUUAUCAUCAAGGCAGGAGAAUGGCAUUGUCCAGGCAGGCAUGGUGCAGGCAGAGCUGAGAGUUCCACACCUUCAUCUGAAAUCCACUAGCAGAAUACUGACUUCUAAGAAAGCUAGGAUGAGGCUCUUAAAGCUCACACCCAGGGUGACACACCUACUCCAACAGGGCCACAUCUACUCCAACAGGGCUACACCUUCUAAUAGUGCCACUCCCUGGGCCGAGCAUAUACAAACCAUCACACUGGGCAAUAGCACAAGUGCUUCUCCCUUUCUGGCAGUCCGUGGGAGGAACUUAGGUUUGUUAUGCUCUUCACUUAAUGACGGGUCAUUUCCUGCUGGUGUGUAGGCCUAGCAAAGGAAAUCAUGGUGAGGCUGUGCCUGAGGUUAGUAGAAAGGAGAAGGCUGACAGAUCUCUGCUAGUGCAGGAAAUCCUCACUCAUUUGGAUAUGCCCAUCAGCUUUGCCUCACUUGAGAAGAGUCUCUGGGGUUCUGCUAUACCAUGUCCACUGCGCCAGAGAGACAGAAAGUCCCUAUUUUUAGAUAUCUAACAGCCUAACUGGAGCAUGUCACACUUGGUACAUCUCUGGUUACUUGUAGGACUCUUACUCUGGUGUCCAGGAAUGCGAGGUUGGUCCAGCUGAAAGCCAGGCUGUGUCCCUGGAGUCUGGGCCAGGCUCACCCCUGGCAAACUCCUGUUUCAUUUUGAUUUUGAGGCCAGCACUGUCUGGGUCGAGCCUUGUGGCACAGCCAUUGCUCUGUAGCAGCCACUUGGGAGAAUCAGCUGUGUCAUUUGUCCAACCCACUGACUUACAAAUGACCCUGGAGCUCAAAAGGUCUUCGUCCACAGCCAGUUAAGUUUGCCAGAAGCUUUCAGAAAGAGAGCACAGAGUCCACAGGCUGCUUGAAUGAGAAGGGAUUAACUGGAACCAUUAUUACUGAAGACAUUUGUCUUGUAAAUAAAGCUCCUCACAAGCUGAUUGACUGUGGUAUAGAUGGCCACAGAGUUAGACCCACAAUGAUUCAUGAAAGUAGAUGCUAGGAGACCGUGCAUGUCCCUGUUAGAACCCUAAGCUCUUUGAAAAAAAUGAAUGAAUACAAGUCUUGUCCUACCACAGCAGGAAUCAGGAUACUACACAGGUCCAGGCUAUGUGGCCUUUCAUCUCCUGGAAAGCCUAAAAAAAUUUCCAGUAUCUGCUCAAGUUCAUUGAUGUUAGAAAGCAGGACAUUUAGAGUGUUGUGAAGGCAGAAGGCUUAGAGGAUUGUGGCCUUGUUUUGCUUUCCUGGUCAGGCUCUGAUGUCACUAUUUUAGAACAAGAAGGGAGAUAAUGAGACCAAGGCUGCUACCCAGAAUCACUUGUGCAGCCCUAACGAGAUGGUUUUCUGAAUUAUGCAUUGGUUGGUGAUUGUGAGGAAGAGCAGAAAAUCUUGUAGCUGCAUUAAGACAUCUGGGGGCUUGGAAAUGUGCUAUACCCAGAACUCAGAUAACAAAGCUGGAUCAAGUAGCAUGCACUUAAAAUACCAUUGAUGGAAAAAGAGAGCCAAGAGCAUCCCUGGGUUCACUGGCCAGUCAGCUGAGCCUAUCAGCAGUCCUAGAUCCCAAUUAUAAAACCACACUGGAUAACAGACACCACAUAAAGGAUGACACACCAGGUUGACUUCUGGCUGCCCCAUGCAUGUGCAUACACAAACAUAUACAUCCACACACAUCUUAAAAGAAAGAAGCAGAGGAAGAGAGAGCUAGAGAAAGGAAGGGGAGAAUGAAUGAAUUAAUGAAUCAGUUGAUCAAUGAGUCUACCCACAAGUCCUUUGAUACUGGUGUUAAGAGUUUCAUAUCACAAGCAUCUAUUAUGUGUAUGGAGUGACUGACUGACUCCCAUUCUUUUGAUACAAAAAGAUCAUGGGUCCCCUGCCCUUUUAGGACCAGGGAAGGGUUUAGUUGAAUUUUAAGGGUGGUGAGGACUUUUCUGAGUGAGGAAGGGGGAAAGGCAUUUACUGGAGGCAGGAGUGCCUUAUUCUAGCAAUAUGAUAUGUAUGGCUGCUGACGUAUUGUGUGCACAUGACCUGAUGGGGUGGUAGUGAUGUGGCAUGCUACUAAAGAGGUGUGAGGGUUCGUGUGAGGACCCAGUAGAUGUAUUUGUUCACCUUUGUUUUCUGCCAGUAGGACUGUGCUGGACGAUACCUGAGAAAAUCCUCCUAGUGCUCUAAGGACAAAUAACUUCUCAGUCUGUAAUGAGAUCACCUCUAGGCUAAGUGUAAUUUCUCAGUGUUUAUAAGACUAUGAUUAAACAUUUUCUUUAGACAACUUAAUGUUAAAGCUUGGCAAGCAAGGUGAAGAAGCUGUUACCCACCUGUCCAGUAGCUGCAGCUUCUCACAGGUCUGUCUGUGAGGAAAGCUAGGAGGGAAGCCAGGGCCUGCAGGGAAGCUCUUGACAGCCAAUCUGGAAGCAGCAGGCUGGAUGGUGUGAGCUGUGGCUAUGAGGGAGAAAAGAGCUUAAGAGGCAUCUAUAACAGUCCUGAUUGUCUCUGUGAGGAAAUACAAGAAACCCGAGGCCACACAGCAAGAUUCUGCAGUUGGGGUGGACCUGACUCCUGGUUUGGUGACCAAGAUGCAGGGUUGAAGGGUGGCCACUUGGGAAAACAAGAUUAAUUUCCACAGUCAGAGCAGAUGUGUGUGUGUAACAUUAUUUGUCUUGAGUUUCCUGUCCCUGGGUGGCAUCCUGGGAGGCUGGAGAGGUGACUCGGUGGCUAAAGGGCUCGUUGCACAAGUGUGAGAACACAAGCUUGGUCCCCAGCACCCAUAUGAAAAGCAAGCCACAUUCACCCAUGACGAGUGCAAUAUUAAUUAUCUGCUGGUUGUUAUGGCCCCUCACACCUCUCAAUAUCUGUAGGGGGUCUGUGCGCCACAUUUGUUCAUGUAAUCCCCAAGACAAAGAAACACUGUAAACUUACACACAAGCUGUAAGCCUUGACUGGGCAGGUCCUGAGCUACUCUAACUGAGUUGCAAACCACAGGCCAUGUUACUCGCAGUUAGAGCUACUCACCCGAUUUGUUCUGUUCCAUGUGUGUCCUCAGGACCAAUUUCUCUUGGCCGUGUGCUCAUCAUCCAUUGGUUUCUUGCCAACUUUUCUCCUCCACUGCCUUCCCCUCCUUCUUGUGAUCUCUCAAGACCCCUCACUAGAUUCCAAGUCCCACCUUCUUCUCCUCUCUGCCCUGUCAUAAGCCCCAGCCAUUUAUUGACCAGUCAGGAAUCCCUGGGGCAUUCUUUACAUAGGUUAGUGCAGUGCCCCAAGGUCAGGUUGCAGUCUGGACCAGGGCACAGAACUCAGCUUCUGAAUACAUAGUGCACAAGACUAACCCCAACAUGUAACCCCAGGAUUCGGGGUGGAGACAAGAGGAUUACUGGAGUUUGUUGGCUGCCAGCCUAGACAAACAUACAGACAAACAAAAACAGUAAUCUUUAGGUUGAGCAAAGGCCCUGCCUGAAGGGAAUAGAGGUCAGAAUGAUAGGGGAGGCCAUCUGAAACCCUUCUCUGAACUCUGUGUGCACUCAUGGGUGCAGACAAGCAGCACAUGCACAUAUAUACACACAGAUUUGAACAUAUACACAGAGUAAACAAAAUAAAGAAGAAUACAAAGAGGUCAUGUCUCUUCAGCCAGUGUCUCCCGGUGGGAAUGCCAUAUACAUAUAUUAUGUCUCCUCACAUCGUGAACCCCAACAGGAAUAUCACAUAAAGAGAUGUUAUCACCCAGUGUCCCAGUGUCCCAGUGUCCCAGUGUCCCAGUGGAACACCUUGCAAAUUAUGGAAAGGGAUUGCCGCCAGAACACUGCUGUUGACACAGUCAGUAGAUGAAUGGAGAGUUUUGUAACAAGGAUCCCCCUAGUUCUCUCUGUAGCCUGCUUACUGCAUCCUUAACUGUGGUCCUCACUGCCUGCUUACUGCAUCCUUAACUGUGGUCCUCACUGCCUGCUCACCUCAUCCUUAACUGUGGUCCUCACUGCCUGCUUACCUACCUCAUCUCUCUGUUUACACAAUGUUGUCACUGUGGAAAGUCAUGCAAGUGAGAUUAUUAUACAUUUACAGUCUGAGAUUGACUUUCAUUUGCUCAGCUUGGUUCCUGGACUAUUUUUCCAAGUCAAUACAUGUGCCAAUAAUUGGUUAUUUUAUACAAUUUAGUAGUAUCUGAUGGUCUGGAUAUACCAUAAUGAAGAUUUUAUAUUUUGAAUUUUUGUUGGUUGCUGUCCAGCUGCUCUAGGCUGGGCAUAUUUGCUGUGGAUCUGUUACUGGGUUCCUUAUUCUGCACCAAUGUUUGCCUUUCUAUUGCUGUAUUAAACAUCAUGACCAAAGAUAACUUGGGGAGGAAAUGUUUUAUUUGGUAUACGCUUCCAGGUCACCGUGUAACACUGGGAGAAGUUAUUUCAAAAACUGAAGCAGAAGGUGUUUUCCUUUUUCAUGACUUUUUAGCAAUUUUUGUGUUUUUGUAUAAGAAUUAUGUAAUGCUUAUCAGUUCAGUUUGGUAUUGAUAUCUUUUUAUGCUGACUUCCCCAAUCUAUGAACACAGUCUACAUCUACUGAUAAUGUUGAAAUCUUCUUGGUGUUCAUCAAUGUCUUGUGGUUUUAUCACUGGUUUAUAUCUCAAUAUUUUACUUCUUUGGAAUGAUGGUGUAAGUUGUAUUUUACUUUUCUAAUGUUCAUUCUUUUUUUUAAAUUCUUUUUUUUUUCCUUUUUUUUUCCGGAGCUGAGGACCGAACCCAGGACCUUGCGCUUGCCUCGCUCUACCACUGAGCUAAAUCCCCAACCCCUAUGUUCAUUCUUGAUAUAAAGUCACUAUCAUAGAAUACAUUUUCCUUAGCAAUGGUGAUUCUUACCUUGUUCCAUGACAGAUUAGAAUUUAUAAUAAAAUGGAUAUGACAGUUUAUUAGUUUAUUUAUCUACUUUUUUUUAACAGUUUCUCUGUGUAACCCUGGCUGUCUUGGAACUCACUCUGUAGACCAGGCUGGUCUUGAACUCAGAGAUAAACUUGCCUCUGCCUCCUGAGUACCAGGAUCAAAGUUGUGCGCCACCAGGCCUAGCUUAAUGAACAGCUAACUAUUCAGUAAUAAUCGUUAUUGUUAAAGUAGUAGUGAUCAAGAAUAGCACAUGAGAACUGGUUAUUUAUCAAAGACACUGGAAAUACUUGAGUAUAGUAAAAAUUAGUUCUUAGCACUAGUUUUAACUCAUUUGUGUUUUACAUUUUCUUAUGACAUUUUCCGGGAUUCCGGGUUUAGUGAGCAUUUUCUGAGUUGGCCCAAAACUUGAGGACCUUGUCUAAAUGGAUUGUAUGAUUAGAAUUCAUUGAGAUCUAAAUAAUCAAAGUCAGAAGGGAUAAAGAAGAGACUAGAGGCUCAGCCUGCCUGACUCCAGAUCCCUUUGGUGAGAGACUGUAGGGCUGUGAGCAGUGGCUCAGGCUCAUGACAGCUGGGUGUCUACCCAGACACAUUGGAUCUUCUUUUAGGAAAACGAAUCUGUUGGGGCAGCAGUGAGCCAACAUUCUUUUCCCAUUUUCCUCAUAGUUGACAUAUUCUUUUCAGAAAUUUUUACUUAUUUUGACUUUGCUUGGCUGCAUAACAAACUUAAAACUGCUCUUAUAAAUAUGUAAAACAAGGUGGAUAUAUUUAUGCAUAUCUCUAACCCCAGCACUCUGAGGCAGCACUCUGAGGAACCUGAGGCAGGAAGUUUGUGAGUUUAGGCUAGCCUGUGUUGCAUAGUGAAUUCUAGGCUAGCCUUGGCUACCUAGCAAGAGCCUGUCUCAAAAACACAGAAAACAAACAAAGUCCAAAACAGAGUUGGGAGAUAGCUCGAUGGAGAAGAGCCCUUGGCAUGUAAGCCAGAGGACCCCAGAAUCCUCAGCACUUAGUGUGAAAAUGUGGCUUUUGUGGGUCCUCAGUGUUGAGGGGAUGGAGACAGGCAGAUCAAGGGAGUUCACCAGACAGGCAACCAGUCUGAAAUGAAAUAAGCUUCAGGUUUUGUGAGAGAACCCACCUGCCUCAUGGCAGAGUCUCCUGAGCUAUAGAGAAGGGCACCUGAUGUCCUCCAUUGGCCUCACAUGUAUGGAAAUGGACCCACAUACCUAUAUAUGUAUACAUGCACACACCACAAGCACAAUAUCAGAAUGCACUUAAACAGGAUAAAAGAGACGGAAAGAUGAGGGAAACACUAAAUGUGUAGAAGAGAUCAUAAGAUGCAGAUUGCCAACUCAAAUUGGAUGCCAAGUUGUGCUGGAAACUUUUGUAGAAUUGUCAUUUGGAAGUGGAUUAAAAAUUGGCUUGACAGACAGUUUUAACCCUUGAACAGAACAGUCUGAAGCCAGUGUCCAAUUGCUACACCUCUCCAGGGUAUCUGCUGUCUGAUUUUUACAUCAACACGUAAAAACCGCACAUAUUUGUAAGGCUAUGGUGCUUUGAUCCAUGGAUGGAGUCGUGACAUUUAGCUUUUCCGUCCCCACAGACAGUCCCCUUCUCAUGGCUGUGGCAUUCUUUGUAUUUUAACCACACUACACAGCAUCCUCAUCCUUUCACCUGAGCAAGGGCUGUCUCUUAGGGAUCCGUGUUCUCCUGCAGGGUAAUCAGUGACAGGGAUUCUGACCCUGUUUCCAGCCCUCCACACUCCUGGCUGCUGCAGCUGGUGGUCGGGGAAGGUGACACUCAGGCACACCAGCCGGAGGCCCACAGAGCACACAGCUCUGCCCUCAGCCCUAAGGAGCUUCGAGUUUACAUGGAAGCUAGCUUAGGCAACGGGAGACUCACCCUUACUCUUCUAACAGCAGGGGUGUUUGCCCUGGUAAGUACUUUUGUAAACAGAGUUGCAACGUUUAGUUUUCAGUGUUUAAAAAGCGCAAGUGGCCAUUUAAGAAGUGCUUGCAAUUGCUUGGUUUUUCCUCCUCCUCUGCUUUUAGUGGUUAAGGAUCGUCUGGUUUUGAGUCUUGAUGACCGGGAGGAUAAACCUGGGUUGUAAGCAAAAUGUUCACGUAAUUUUACAAAGUACUUCUGACAGUGCCAUCUUCUACUGAUGGGGCAUACUAGUCAGCGUAGAGAGGGCUACACCUGUACAUAAAGGCCGACACCUACUGUGUGUGCUGCACCACCGUGUACCCAUCCGUCCGUGUGUCUCUGUGUGGUGUUUAGGACCUGGUUUUCAUCAUGACAUUCUGUUCUUUCUGUUAGUCUAAGUCCUAGCUAGCGUGGGAGGUGUGUUUGCUCAACUAACUCCGUACUCAGAAGCCGGUGUACCUUUUUAAUUUCUCUAUAAAGCAAGCUAGAGACAAUGCGGCCAAUUGAGUUGCUUUUGAAGUGGCUGCCAGCCAGGCCUGUUGCAACAGCUGACGGCUCUCUCGGUGUCAGAGCUAUUUCUGCUCCAUUAGCUGCUAUCAGGCCAUAAAAGGCUGGUCCCCAUGUGGAGUUGCCACAUUGCCUCUGACUGUGUCCUCCACUGCAGUGUCUUCAGGUUUCAUGUGGAUUUACCCAGUAAUGGAUGACUCCUCCAAGACCAGACUGAGCAAACGCAGCCUCGAAGACAUCAGGGGCGUGGGGACUUCAAGAAGAAGGCUCCUUUUGUUAAUAUUUUGGUGUUCUUUCUUCAGAGCAACUCUUGGGAUGUAGCCCUCACCUAUUUCCUGAAUCUGGCACCUCAGCGCCCUCUGGAAAGCACCGUUCUAAACAUACCCUGCUGUGAAUCACCCCACUGACGGAGGGCGUUUGCUGACCGCUGGUCUUGUGCAGUGCUACUGCUCUAACAGGAAAUUUUGCUUUUUGUUUACUCUUUAGAGAUAGCGUUCAUCGAAGAGACUCUACUCAAAAUACCUAAGGCUGAAUUAGAGGACAUAGCUGGGUUUUGUUUUUGUUUUGUUUUUUUCUUAUUAGAACAGUAAGGAAUUGUACUGUGUUCCUGGCCCCUCUCACUUAGAGGAACAAGGAUUACACAGAAAUUUGAAAUUUCAACAAAAAGAACUUAGGAUUCCUGGGAUUCCCACAUCAAAGAAAAGCUGCAAGCUUUCAGAAAGAGUUUUCCUUGGAUGAUAAAGAAGAACCUGCCAACCACCGGAGAGGCCUUGAUGCCAAGUGCUUAGCUGCACUCCCUAAAGUUGCAGAAUUAAGAAAAAUCUUCGAACCAAAGAGAAAAGACUUUUUAGAAAUGAAAAGAAAAGAAAGAAUUGCUAGGCGCUUAGAAGGAAUAGAAAAUGACCCCCAGCCUAUCCUGCUGCAGAGCUGCACAGGGCUAGUGACUCACCGGCUGCUGGAAGAGGACACGCCCAGAUACAUGCGCGCCACAGAUCCUGCAAGCCCUCAUACUGGGCGAUCCAAUGAAGAGGAAGACACUCCUGGGUCCUCCCUUGAAAAGCAAACUCCUAAAUACGGCACAGAAACCUCGGGCAUCCCUAGUUCGGGCUCCAUGGACACCCACAGUCUGGAGUCCAAAGCGGAAAGGAUCGCAAGAUACAAAGCAGAGAGAAGGCGGCAGCUGGCGGAGAAGUACGGGCUGACCCUGGACCCUGAAACCGACUCCGAAUACUUGUCUCGAUAUGCCAAAUCUCGGAAGGACCCGGAUGUAGCUGAGAGAAGAGGGAAAAGUGACAAGCAAGAAGAACAGAGCAAAGAUGCCAGUUCCCGGCACUCCAGGACGGAGUCAGGGCCCAGGACCAGCUUGGUGGUGUCCCAGGACGGUGCCCCGCUAGGAAGCAACUUGUCUGACCAGGAGCUGCUGCUCAAUGUGGAGAACCAGCGAAGAGUCCAAGAGCCCACACUAGGAGAAGAUGGUUCCUCUGCCUUCUUUUCUGAGCGCAGCACCUCCUUUUCCGAAGUGCCCAGGUCUCCAAAGCACAUACCCAGCUCACCGCUGCAACAGCCAGCCUCCCCGAGCCUCCCCGGUGACUCCCCACUGUCUACAGAGGCGCGAGCCAGUAGCACAGGGAGGCCCACACACGAGUGGUUUCUGCAGAGAGACUCUGAAGGCGACACGCCCUCACUUAUCAACUGGCCUUCCAGAGUUAAAGUUAGAGAAAAAUUGGUGAAAGAGGAGAGUGCUCGAAGCAGCCCUGAACUUACCUCAGAGUCCCUAACUCAGAGGAGACAGCAGCCAGCACCAGCUCAUUUCCUGUCUAUCCAGUCAGAAAGUUCCGCCUUUGAUAGGGUCACCAGCAAAGCAGUGAGCUCAUUGCGGCCAAGCCGGAGCGGUGUCCUGCCAGCUGACCCUGUUCAUGCCAUCAAGGUGGUGACCAUGGACACCCCAGAAAGCUCAUCUGAAUGCAGCUGGGUGGGGUCAGCCACCCCAAAAGUUAUAAAAUCUACCACCCUGAAGAUUCUAGAAGGUGGGUCAAGGGACGCACCAGUACUCCAUAUUCAUGAGUCAAAAGCAGAAGAUGAGCUCUCCCCUGAACCUCUGGAGAGGAACCGCAAAUCACUUUUGACCUCAGAAGAUGACGGGCUUGUGAGAGGCCACAAAGACCCCUCUGAUGAUAAAGAUUUAGAGAAGGCCACCAUUCGCUCCAUCAACGUAGAACCUGAGAGGGAGCAGCAAGUUCAGAGAACUGGCCGGAGUGAGAUGGUUCUGUAUGUUCAGAGUGCUCCUGUGUCCCAAGAUGCCACAUCGACCAGUCCCUCAAAGGAGGCAUCACCAAAGAAGCGCAAGGUUGUGGCCCGUUCUCUCUCGGAUUACACGGGUCCCCCGCAGCUCCAGGCCCCCAGACACAAGGAUGCAACCCCAAAGCAGGCACUGGAGCUGCAGAGUCCCAGGGUAGAAGGGCCUGGUGCAGAAGCCAGUAUUCUGGACACCAGAGUUUCUGUUGCCCAGCUCCGGAAUGUAUUUAUGGAGUCGACCAGAGCCAGCAAGAAACCCGAACUCCAAUCCCGGGUUGAGAGGUCAGCUGAAGGAAUUGGCUUGCCCAUGGAACGGGAGAGAGGGUCUCGGAAACCAAGACGCUAUCUUUCUCCUGGUGAAAGUAGAAAAACUUCUGAGCGAUUUAGAACUCAACCUAUAACUUCAGCAGAACGAAAGGAGUCGGAUAGGUACCCUUCUGGUUCAGAAUUGCCAGUGGUCGAGGAUGAAGAAAAGGUGGAUGAACGGGCCAAGCUGAGCGUUGCUGCCAAGAGGCUGCUUUUCAGGGAAAUGGAGAAAUGCUUUGAUGAGCACAGCAUCCCAAAAAGGCGUUCAAGAAAUGCAGCCGUGGAGCAGAGGCUACGUCGCCUGCAGGACCGUUCACACACACAGCCCAUCACCACGGAGGAAGUGGUCAUUGCAGCCACUGAACCUAUCCCUGCUUCGUGUUCUGGGGUCACCCACCCCGUAAUGGCGAGACUUCCUAGCCCCACUGUAGCUAGAAGCACUGUGCAGCCUUCCAGGUUACAGGCAUCUGCUCACCAGAAGGCUUUAGCCAGGGACCUGGCAAAUGAGGGCAGAGAGUCUGCUGAACCAGGCGAACCUGAUUCCUCCACUCUGAGCUUAGCAGAGAAAUUGGCCUUGUUUAACAAAUUGUCCCAGCCAGUCUCCAAAGCCAUUUCCACCCGAAACAGAAUAGACGUGCGGCAGAGGAGGAUGAACGCAAGGUAUCAGACCCAGCCGGUCACACUUGGAGAGGUGGAGCAGGUGCAGAGUGGGAAGCUCAUCUCCUUCUCCCCUACUGUGAACACCUCUGUUUCUACCAUGGCUUCUGCAGUUGCUCCCACAUAUGCAGGGGACCUUCGAAAGCCGUCUGUUGACAACAGUGCAAGUGCCCCUGACUAUAAGUCUCCUUCUCCUGUGGAAAACUCAGACUCUCCAGUCAGAAGCAUUCUGAAACCACAAGCCUGGCGGCCUUUGGCAGAGCACAGUGGGAGCAAAGGAAUGCCGGAGGAGUCCGGAGAGACGGAAAGCAAGAAUUCUCUGACUGCAGCUGCUGAAGACAGUCACAUUCAAACACGAGGAGCCGUGGAGGAGGAAGUGGAGCCCUCCUACCCCAUCCUUGGCAGAGUCGGGGAGGGUGAUGGUCAGAAGGAGCCUAAGUAUGCCAACCUCAGGAGGGGAAGCUUAGAGCUAGGGAAUUCUUCUGCCACACACCUUGGUGAUGAGCUGAAGGAAUUUUCCACUGCUAAAAGCAGUUUGCAAGAGAGUCUGGACCUGAAGGAUAAGCAGGCCUCGGAGGAGAAUGCAGAUGUGGAGAAUGUCAUGAGGAAGUUCUCACUCAAAGAGUUUGGAGAAACUGCUUCUGAGAAGACGGAGACAGCUGCCAGGAAAGCCUCUGUUCCGAUGGCAACCCCAGGGGCCUGGAAGCAGCAGGAGUCCUCUGAGCAGCUAGCAGAGAAGCUCUUCAAGAACCCCUGUGCCAUGUUUGCUUCUGGAGAGGUCAAAGUGCCAGCGGGCGACAGUAGCCUGGAUUCACCCAGCAAAACCAUGUCAAUCAAAGAAAGGCUAGCUCUGUUGAAGAAGAGUGGCGAGGAAGACUGGAAGAACAGGCUCAUUCGGAAGCAGGAAUACAGCAAGGCCACUGGUGGCCUGCACUCACCGGAGGUGGAGCAGUCCCUGAAGAAAAAGGAAGAAGGAGGAUUUACAGAUGAUAAUGCCAUUUCUAAUCUGCUCUGGGAACCUGUAUUUGCUUCUACUUACCCUCCUGCUAUGCCUGCUGCCCAUAAACACCUGUCCUUUGUAUCUGUUAAUCAGAGAGUCACAGAAAGUCGAGAGAGCCAGAUGACGAUUGAAGAGAGGAAGCACCUCAUCACUGUGCGCGAGGAAGCUUGGAAGACAAAGGGCAGAGGCGCUGCGAAUGACUCCACACAGUUCACCGUGGCAGGAAGAAUGGUGAAGAAAGGUCUGGCAUCACCCACGGCCAUAACUCCCAUCUCAUCCCCUCUCUGCAGUAAAUCAAGGGGCACGACCCCAGUUUCCAAACCCUUGGAAGAUAUUGAAGCCAGACCAGAUAUGCAGCUGGAAUCGGACCUGAAGUUGGACAGGCUGGAAACCUUCCUAAGGAGGCUGAAUAACAAAGUUGCUGGGAUGCAGGAAACAGUUCUCACAGUCACUGGCAAAUCUGUCAAGGAGGUGAUGAAGUUGGAUGAUGAUGAAACCUUUGCCAAAUUCUACCGCAGUGUGGAUCACAGUUUACCCAGAAGUCCUGUGGAGCUGGAGGAGGACUUCGAUGUCAUUUUCGACCCUUAUGCUCCCAAGUUGACAUCUUUGGUGGCAGAGCAUAAGCGCUCAGUCAGGCCCAAGCGCCGGGUCCAGGCUUCCAAGAACCCUCUCAAACUGUUGGCAGCAAGAGACGACCUCCUUCAGGAAUACACGGAGCAAAGGCUAAAUGUUGCCUUCAUGGAGUCCAAGCGGAUGAAAGUGGAGAAGAUGUCCUCCAACUCCAACUUCUCAGAAGUGACGCUGGCGGGCCUAGCCAGUAGGGAGAACUUCAGCAGCAUCAGCCUGCGGAGUGUCAACCUGAUGGAGCAAAACUCCAACAACAGUGCCCUGCCCUACAAGAAGCUCAUGCUGUUGCAGAUUAAAGGAAGAAGACACGUGCAGACAAGGCUGGUGGAGCCUCGAGCCUCAUCACUCAACAGUGGGGACUGCUUCCUUCUACUCUCUCCUCAGUACUGCUUCCUGUGGGUGGGAGAGUUCUCCAAUGUCAUUGAGAAAGCAAAGGCAUCUGAACUUGCGACAUUAAUUCAGACAAAGAGGGAGCUUGGUUGUAGAGCUACAUACGUCCAGACCAUUGAAGAAGGAAUUAACACACAUACUCACGCAGCCAAAGACUUCUGGAAGCUUCUGGGUGGUCAGACCAGUUACCAGUCUGCUGGAGACCCAAAGGAAGAUGAGCUGUACGAGACGGCCAUCAUAGAGACAAACUGUGUCUACCGCCUGACAGACGACAAACUCGUUCCUGAUGAUGACUACUGGGGGAAGAUUCCCAAGUGUUCCCUUCUGCAGUCCAAAGAGGUGCUGGUGUUUGACUUUGGUAGUGAAGUUUACGUGUGGCAUGGGAAGGAAGUCACGUUAGCACAACGGAAAAUAGCAUUCCAGCUGGCCAAGCACUUAUGGAAUGGAACUUUUGACUAUGAGAACUGUGACAUCAACCCCCUGGACCCUGGAGAGUGCAACCCGCUCAUUCCCAGGAAAGGACAAGGGCGGCCUGACUGGGCAAUAUUUGGAAGAGUUACGGAACACAAUGAGACUAUUCUGUUCAAAGAGAAAUUCCUCGACUGGACAGAACUGAAGAGACCCACAGAGAAGAAUUCUGGGGAAGUUGUCCACCAGAAGGAUUACCCGAGGGCUGACGUCAAGCCCUAUGAUGUGACAAGGAUGGUGGCAACGCCCCAGAUGACAGCCAGCACCAUCUUGGAUGGGGUGAAUGUUGGCCGUGGCUAUGGCCUGGUAGAAGGAGAUGACAGAAGACAGGUUGAGAUUACCACCGUCUCUGUGGAUGUGUGGCAUAUUCUGGAAUUUGACUACAGCAGGCUCCCCAGGCAGAGCAUAGGACAGUUCCACGAGGGAGACGCCUACGUGGUCAAGUGGAAGUACAUGGCGAGCACAGCAGUGGGAAGCCGACAAAAGGGGGAACAUCCGGUGAGAGUGGCUGGCAAAGAGAAGUGUGUCUAUUUCUUCUGGCAAGGCCGGCACUCGACCGUGAGUGAGAAGGGAACGUCAGCUCUCAUGACAGUGGAACUGGAUGAAGAGAGGGGGGCCCAGGUCCAGGUCCUGCAGGGAAAGGAGCCACCCUGCUUCCUUCAGUGUUUCCAGGGGGGUAUGGUGGUACACUCCGGACGGAGGGAAGAGGAAGAAGAAAAUGUGCAAAGUGAAUGGAGACUGUAUUGUGUUCGAGGAGAGGUGCCCAUGGAAGGGAACUUGCUAGAAGUGGCCUGUCACUGCAGCAGCCUGAGGUCCAGGACAUCCAUGGUUGUUCUGAACAUAAACAAGGCCCUCAUUUACCUGUGGCACGGAUGCAAAGCCCAAGGCCAUACGAAGGAGGUUGGAAGGACUGCGGCAAAUAAAAUCAAGGAAGAAUGUCCCCUGGAAGCAGGCCUGCACAGCAGCAGCAACGUGACAAUCCAUGAGUGUGACGAAGGAUCCGAGCCCCUGGGAUUCUGGGACGCUCUGGGAAGGAGGGACAGGAAGGCCUAUGACUGCAUGCUUCAAGAUCCUGGAAGUUUUAACUUCGCGCCCCGCCUGUUCAUCCUCAGCAGCUCCUCAGGAGACUUCUCAGCGACAGAGUUCGUGUACCCCGCGCGAGCGCCCUCUGCCGUCAGCUCCAUGCCUUUCCUGCAGGAGGAUCUGUACAGCGCGCCGCAGCCAGCUCUCUUCCUUGUUGACAACCAUCACGAGGUGUACCUCUGGCAAGGCUGGUGGCCCACCGAAAACAAGAUAACCGGCUCUGCUCGCAUUCGCUGGGCCUCAGACCGGAAGAGCGCCAUGGAGACAGUCCUGCAGUACUGCCGAGGAAAGAAUCUCAAAAGGCCACCCCCCAAGUCUUACCUUAUCCAUGCUGGGCUAGAGCCCCUGACGUUCACUAACAUGUUUCCCAGCUGGGAACACAGAGAAGACAUUGCCGAAAUCACAGAAAUGGACACUGAAGUUUCCAACCAGAUCACCCUGGUGGAAGACGUCUUAGCCAAGCUGUGUAAAACCAUCUAUCCUCUGGCAGAUCUACUUGCCAGGCCACUCCCAGAGGGGGUAGACCCUCUAAAGCUUGAGAUUUAUCUUACAGAUGAAGACUUCGAGUUUGCACUCGACAUGACCAGAGAUGAAUUCAACGCACUGCCCACCUGGAAGCAAAUGAACCUGAAGAAAGCGAAAGGCCUGUUCUGAGGGUGAGAUGACAGCCACAGAGAGGUCACUGCCACUAGACCAGAAAGUGGAUGGAGAUAUAUAUUUGGACUGGUGUUUUUUUCUGUCAGAGAAGAAAGUAUUUUUGACUCAGAGUUUUUCAAAACCUGACCUUAUUCGCUCUAUGGCUUGUCCCGGAGUUGAGCAUUCUGUAAAUGUCCAGGAGUACUCUUCGGAGCGUUCUUUUCCACAGUUCAGGUGAACUGAAAAGAAAGCGUCUCUUCCGUUCCCCUCAGCCGAGUGCUGCCUCAGUGGCCGCUGCAGCCCUACCCUCCUCUUCCAGCUCAGCGUUGCCUUUUUUAAAGCAAUUUUCUUUAUAAAGUGUUAUUUUGAUAGUUUGUGAAUUCUAAAUAUAUAUAUAUAUAUUUAUAUAAACACCAUAUAAAGCAACUAUGUAUUUAACAAGCUAUGUAUUCAUUCACUUGCAACUGUUCCCUUUGGUGUCAAAAGGACAUUACCAAGUGUAGGGCUGUGUCACUUCUGUUGACCUAGGCCUGCCACCAGUCUCUCCCAGGCUCAGGACUGCCUCCUCAGCCUUAGGUCUGGCUUGUGCCGAGUUCUGCUUCCGGUGCUAAAGCGAGCAAAGACUUUGUACUACUUCCCGGUGUGACUCUGAAGAAUCUAUCUGAAUCAACCUUUCUACCUUAAUGUCCCCCCCGGAAGUGUAUAGUGCCUUGUUUUAUGUACAGUUUAUAUACAGAAAAGUUUGCUCUGCUCUUUUGAUGCCGGCUUGGAACCUUAUCUACAGUUUUAUUCUCAGUAGAGAUAAAAACAUCUCAAUUUCUCAUACCCAUUGUAAACAUUACACACGUCAUUUUGUGACACAGGAUCCCAAAAAUAAAAUUUCAGAGUAAUCACAA